CUGUGAUUAUAACGAAACAUCUUUAAAAAGCAACAUAGGCUACGAUUGUUAGAAAAAAGACACAAAAUGCGUGAUAGCGACUAUUUUUUUAUCUCCAAAUUACAGCAAAUAGCAGUAUUUCGAAACUUGUAUUUGCCCCCCCCCCCCGUUAUUCUUGCAAAAUGUACUUCUCCAUUAUUAACAUUCGUGAUAUCAUUUAGUUUUGGAAUUUCACCUUCAUUAGUCAGCCUGUGAUUAUAACGAAAUAUCUUGAAAAAGCAACAUAUACAAUUGGGGGAAACAACCUAACAAAAGCUGUUAUAACUAAUUAUAUAUAAAAAUUAAUCUGUUUCUUUAGCGAAUUCUGCUGAAAAUGAAAAAAACUGAUAGGCAGAAGUUAAAUACAGGCAUCGAGCAUCAAAUAUUUUUUUUCUUGGGGGAAACAACCUAUAUUUUCUACGAAUUUAAAUAUAUUAAUUAUUAUUGCAACGAUAAUGAGUACAUUGAAGGUAACACGUAAAUGAUUCUCAAUGCCCCCGUUGCCCCCUCAUCGUUGCGACGUCCCUGGUCGAUAAACUUUUACUGUGUAAGAAAAAUUACGGUUAGUUUUCACGAAGAAAAUACUGACGUUUAGCGGUGAAGGAGAAAAAAUACGACGAUUUGCGGAACUAUACGGACCCGUAUAAUAGACUCCACAAUCCCCUGACCUCAGUUGGAAUCACUGAGAAGACAGGAUGAUGCCUUAUUGUGUUUAUAACCACCCAGUCUUUCUUUUCGCAGUCAUCAGUUUUGGGUGUGUGGUAUUUUGAGUGUGAAAUUUUUUUUCAAAAUAACUCGUACCAUACUCUUAGUUGUAAAAUGACAUAGACUGAUUUACUGAGAUAUUUCCCGUGGCCGUUAAUAAUUAUUGUGUUUGUGAUGGUGAUGUUCACAUGUUCACUAAUAGUUUGUCUUCUACCUCCCCCAAGCUUGGUACUCAAGAAAUAUUUGCCCUAUAUUAAUACGGGCUGCUGUGUUUGCAAUCCUGCAGCACCAGUGGUUGUCACGCGUUGUUUCACACGAAACACUCGCUCGCUUUGGAAAUUCAACAGAGAAGUUAAGGUAAGAUAUACUUCAUAUGCGUCUAUUUCCUGUGCUAGUUGAAGUCCUGGAUGUCCCUCGCCAUCUACUUAGUGACUAGCUGUUUUCUGCCCAUGGCCGUGGAGAUAUUUUGAUGUCAGUGAGUUUACUGGAUCAAGACGCGCGUGAAUGCUUUCUGAUUGCAUUGUUCGAAGGCACGAUGGUGUUGGUUUACGAAAUGUUUUGGCGAAAGAGAAGAAAAUCAGCUGCAUGGAUAGAACAGAAAUGCGCCGCGUGCUAACGUAGAUGUUUUGAAUAUCAUCGGAGGAAAGACGUAAAUAUGAUAGGAACUGAAGCUGGGAUUGUUGCGAUAUCAGAGAAGAUAAGCGAGACUGUGAUUGUUCAGGCAGAGAGAAGGAUGAUCAUGUCAACGAAACACUAUGUAAAAACAAGGAAAACAACAGUGAAGAAACAAAUAUUGUGAAGAGUCCUGAAGGCACUAAGCCUAAGUGAAGCUGACUACAAACGACUAUAAUCUAAAAGCUGAUUACAAACGAAGAAAAACAGUUCCUGGUGAUAUAAUCUAUAUGCUAAAAGAGAACCUGUGCAGGUAUAGCUCAAAAUAUAUGCCAGAAUUAAGAUAGAAGACGCACUAAAAUACCAGAAGUAGAAGACGAUCGGAUUCAGCGUGAAGAUAUGGUGUGGUGUAGAUCUCGGUGGUGGUUUCUAAAUGAGUACACCAAAAUGGAACGAUCAGUUGCUGUGUCAUGCAGUGAUGUGGGAAACGUUUACCAGAUGUUAACUGUGACCAUCAAAGAGCUUGGUAAACAACGGUAUCAGUGUUAUGUGAUCGGAUUAAGGACAUACGGUAGACCAAUAUUACAGUCAUGGGAUGUCAAGAUUCGGAAUUUUAUACAUGAUCAACGACUGCUUUCAGGUAUUUCCUAAGUUGGAUAAUUGGCAUCGCUGUUUUACGUCCUCUCCCAGAAAACAUUGGAUUUGAAGAAUCCCCAGAAGACGAAAGAUUUCAAGACUUCGCCCUUUCCGUAGUUUCAUUCAAUUGAAUAUUAACCUGUCACUAUAAAUUGCGAGAUUUUGUUCAAUAUAUAUUUAUUGUUGAUCAUUGUAUUGUGCAAGAUGUUCCAGAAGACACACAGAUAUUCCAUGCAACAAUGACCACAACUCACGAUCCAUAAAAAUUCAAGAUCACGCAUGAUGAUGAAGAUGUUCCAGAAGACACACAGAUAUUCCAUGCAACAAUGACCACAACUCACGGUCCAUAAAAAUUCAAGAUCACGCAUGAGUAUAGGUCGCAUAUUUCAUAAAUCUCUCUUAUCAAUGACGUAAGAAACUCCUGCAUGGAAACGAUCUAGGUUCUAAGGAGAAAUACACAAGAUUGAAGAAUACAAAAAGACGCCAUGACGACAGUAAUUAUCGCCAAUCGUGACAAGUGAAUGGAAAUUUUGGACAAGUAUAUUAUGUGCAUGUAUACAGUUUCAAGAUUUCAAACGAAUUAAAAUAAAUUACAAAUAGGAAACAUUAUAGUGAAAGUAAACGGGAAAAUGUUGUAGUUGUUUUCGCAGCCAAAUCUACGUUUGACAUUAAAUUGUCAAUUUUUUUUUCGGUCACGAGUUGUUGGUAAAAGGUCAAUAUUGAUUUGAGAUUAAAAUCGCAGUAUCUGUUCAGGCCUCUUUCCGCGCCAAUAUUGCUAAUAUCCGUGCGCUAAUAAAAAUUUAAUAUUGUUUGAAGUCAAUAAAAUUUAAUGUGUAAAACGACUUUGUGCAACAUCGGUCGGACGGUUAAAAAAUUGUUUUCAAAAUUACAGCAGAGCGAAUACAGCCAUUGCUCCUUUAUACCUGUGCGUGCUUCUCACAACCUACGGAAAAUUUAAGAACAUCAGCAAAUUGUUUCGGAAUUUGAUUGAGUAGCCUGAUUAGUUGUACAUAUUUAUGUUUCCAAAUCAAAAGAUUCCAGAACUAUUUUAUAACGACUGUCAGUCAGCUGCCCAUUCGACUGAUCAAAGUUUACAUAAUUAACAUGCAACGUUACGUCAUCGGAAGGGUCACUAUCUCUUCGUAAACCAGUUCACUAGGUAAUGGGAAGUUCUUAAUGUGUAACAAUUUGUGAUAUAUUUAACCGCUGUGUAGCUCCAUCAAUUCUAUAUCUAAACUCCGUUUCCCACACGAGAAGUUUUACCCUUUAUUGCAUCGCCUAGUGUUACCAGAUUACUUGGAGAAAUGAAUACAUUCCGCCUAGCUGUCACAUACAUUGAAUGCAAAAUUACUUAAUCUAACAGUGCGCGUCUGGAAUCGAACUUCGUGUAACUUUAAAGUAGGAGCUAUAAAGCACAUUGAUACACAUCGGAAUGGAAUUAGAAUAUUACAAUAUAUACUAUAUUUUAAUAUUUAUCCAUCAAUGUAUUGUGGCGUUGAAUACAGUUGAGUUUUAGCUAGUUAUUCAUAGCUAAUGUUAUAUUUUCUAGAGCUUAAUAAAGUAAACGAAGAAACAAAUGGUGCAGUUCUGCCGGAAAUUGGAAACGAGGAAACCAAGAUGGAGAAACGUGAUUCGUGGGGUACUAAAAUGGAGUUUGUUCUUGCCUGCCUGGGUUUAGCAGUAGGUGGUGGAAAUGUAUGGCGGUUCCCUUAUCUCUGUCAAAGAAAUGGUGGAGGUGAGUAGAAAGGGUGCCACACCUGUGGGACGAGGGGGAAUAUGCGAAUGAACGUGAUUCAUAGGGUGGUAAACUGGAGUUUGUACUUGCCUCCUUUGUUUUAGCAAUAGGUGCAGGGAAAUGUUUGGCAGUCCCCUCCCUUUAUUGUCAAAGAAAUGUUGGAGAUGAGCUUCAAGGGCGUCAGUCCUUGAGGUGGGGAAAAUAUAUGGCGGUUCCCCUUUCUUUGUCAAGGAAAUGCUGGACGUGAGUAGCAAGUGUCACUCCUGGGAAGGGGGUACAUACACAGAAACUUGAUUCGUGGCGUGGUAAACUUAUCUUGGGGAAAUAAAUGGCUGUUUCUAGACCUUUGUCAAAGAAACGUUGAAGGUAGCGAUGGUGCUAGUACAUAGUGAUGCUUGCCAUGCACAUUUUUACACUACAUUUUUAAAUUAGGUUUUCCAAUUAGUCUUUAACUGACUUAGUCUGUAUAGAUUAGCAUGGCUUUCAAUCUGAUCCCACAGGGCCGUAGGAAGCUCUUUUCGAUUGGGGGGGGGGGGCUGAAAGCGAGGGCCGAAGGCCCGAGGAAAUUUUUAAAUUUAGAGUCUCUAAAAUGCCAUUUCCUGGACUUUGGGGGAAGAUUUAACAGAAUUCUGAUAGUCAGAAAACAGCGUUUUAGUAUGUCGAAAUUUACAGGAAAGUAUGGGCCAGACUGUAGUAUUAUAAAUGCGCGGCGGGAAUUUUCGUCGUAAAUGGCAGUUGCGCGGAAAUGAAGGCAGAACAUUUGAGAAAAUUUCGAAAAUCUGGAGUCUCUAGAUGGUCUGAAAUGGCAUUUUCAGAGUUUUCUUUCGCAAGACCCAACACGCAAAAGACAAAAUAAAUCAUUAGUUCAUCAAAAAUGUGCAGAUUUUGUGGGAUUUUCUUGAAAAUGCGCGACAGAAAUUCAGCUAAAAUUUCUACGCGAGGAACGAUCUGGAGUAUGAGUAAUAUCUUCAUUCUUUGCAGUUUGUCACAGAUUAAAUGAUAAAGUUUGCAUGAUUUUGAAAAAAGAAUGAUUAUUAGCAAAUUAUUGGAGGGGCUGCAGCCCCCCCCCCGGUUGCUACGGCCCUGGUCCCAUUGUCACGAAUUUUAAAGUAUAAAACUUAAAAAUCUUUGACGUUUUUUCAGGUGCCUUCUUGAUUCCUUUUUUCACAUGCAUGAUUCUUGAAGGAUUUCCUCUCAUGAUCUUGGAAUACACAGUUGGUCAAAGAUUCCGAACUACCGCUCUACGUGGUUUCAAACAAAUGCAUCCAUGUUUCAUAGGAAUCGGUAUUGGCUGUAUGAUAGUCUCUAUAUACUUCUGUUUAUACUACAUCGUCAUUAUUACAUGGUGUGUGUAUUAUUUCUUCAUAUCCCUAACCAAAGACCUACCGUGGAUUCGUGAUAAACUGUGUCCGAAAGCUGGAAUGUUCGCGAGUCUUCAAGGCAACCAAUCUUAUUAUGAGGACUUGCUAACGAACACAACUGUUAAUUCGAGCGAGUAUUUUAGUCUUAAGACUCAAAGGGAUCUUUACAAAAGUCAAGUAGAGAAUUUUACUGAUUGUUGUGUCCGUGAUCCGUCCAUGUGGUAUUUUUAUUCGUCUACACUGCAAGUAUCUACAGACAUAGAUGAUUAUGGCGAAGGUGUAAAUGCGAAAUUGUUUGGGUGUUUACUUCUUGCUUGGUUUCUUACAUACAUCUGUAUUGCGAAAGGAAUUAAGACAAGUGGCAAGGUGAGGAAAGUUUGUGAUUCGAUUAAGUCAAACGUGGUAGAGAUAAAUUGUUGUAGCCUACACUCGAUACUUCCAUCUAUGAAAACGCUUCAACAUUGCCACAAUCCUGAUAGAGAUACUAUUGUUGAAGAGAACUUCCAUCAUCCGUAUGCAAAUUAUGAUGAUCCAAAUCGCUUCCAAUAAAAGUAUACAAAAGUAGUAAAUGUAUUUUGAUCCGGGAUUACUUUUAUUUACUUAAACCAGAGUACCGAAACAUAUCUAAUAUUUUACCUGCUUGCCGUGUCCUCAUGAAAUAUAAUAUUAUUUAUUAUGUAGGCUGUUUACUUUACCGCAACGUUUCCUUACGUCAUCCUGUUUAUAUUUUUCUUCCGUGGAAUAACCCUGGAAGGAGCUGCGGAUGGCAUCCGAGUAUUUUUUGAACCAGAUGUAAGUACAGCUCUAUAUAUUUUUUAUAUUUUUGUUUUAAUCGUAUUACGUUAUUUUGCUUUCACGACAGUACUUGAAAUUCAGGAGUGCCAGAACUGCGGUAACACUACGUGGGGUGGCGUGGGAGUUGCUCCCACUGUCUAUUAUAUUUACGGGAGCCAACGGGGCAAGCCAGUCAUGUCGUUCCCAUAAAAAUGCACUAUGGCAAGCGAUAUGUAUGCAAAAUAUAUUAUUGUUCAAAACCCAGAAAUGCGGCUGUCUCAGCUCUCAACACUUUUUAGGGCCAGAUUGGUACACCUAAUCUUUCAUUUAUUCUACAUGAAGCUACGUAUAUACAGCAGGCCAGUUUCCAAAAAUUUCGAUUCUAUUUCCAGCUAAAGCAACGGCAACAAUAAUUGAAAUUUUUUCAACAGCAAAUUUUUCUGUCUAAACUUAUAUAUGCUAAUGUUGUUUGGAAAACAAGAGGAUACCAUGCAUGCACAUGCCCGUGAUUGUUUGCGAACUUUGCAUAGUAGCCUACAUAGUUUGCAAAUUAAAACUUGACAAAAGCACAAUAAAAUUCGUCUAUGUUGGUCUUGGCAUAUCCAAAACGUGGUCCUUCUUCCAUAUGGCCUCGUUUUCAUUCCUCAUAGUUAGCGCAAUAAAUACAGGGUGAGUAAAAAAAAACUGACACCUUUGUUAUUCAAAGUAGCCGCGAAGGUAUCAGGUUUUUUUACUCACCCUGUAUAGCGAUAGAAAUGUAUUAUAUUAUUAUAUGUUAAAACAGGCAAACAUGAUGAAACGACGCAUUUGGGCAAAAGCGUAAUAAACAGUAUUAUAGGCUAUUGUUGAAGUCACGGACGGAUUACUGAGUUAAAACAUUGCUAUUGGUUGGUUUGGUGAAAAUACAACAGUCAAUACGCACGUGAUGAGGAAUUGGGGACCAAUUUUUGGCAAAAAUCUAGGCAAAAAUAUAAAUGAGUAUUGUUUUACUUCAAUGCAUAGAGUAUUUAUUUAUUGACUGAUUUAUCUGUCUAUAGUUUUCAAAGUUGGCUGAACCCACAGUGUGGAAAGAUGCUGCGACUCAAAUGUUCUAUAGUAUAAGUGUUGGAUUUGGGGCUAUGAUCACUUUCGCCAGUUAUAAUGACUUCCACAAUAAAUAACGUUGUUCGUGAUGCUCUCAUCGUCGUAGCUCUUGACGCUGGCACAUGUAUAUUUGCUGGAGUGACUGUCUUCUCAGUGCUGGGAUAUCGACAGCAUAUUACUGGGAUACCUGUCACUGAGGUGGGU